UAAAUUUUUGUUUUGAAUUUUUUCAAGAAAGUACUAAUUUUUAUUUUUUUAAAAAGAAGUUAUUUGUUUUUUUUUUUUAAUUCUUUAACACAAAAAACGAAUUAUGUCUCAUUGUGGAAGUUUUUGGGCAACAUUAGAGCUUCUUGUCUCAAUUAGAGGCAAAAAUGAUUUAAAUUCACAAUUAUUUAAUGAAGAAAUUGAGGAUUGGGUGGAUAAUUUUUGUGAUUUUUUAUCAUCACAUCAAGAGGAGAAUACUGAAGAAGAAAAAGAAAAAUCUCCAAUUGAUUAUAAUCUCAUAGAGUGCAACAUUACUCAUCCCCUUGUGAAAUCAAAAUUGGAAAUGUUAAUGGGAAGUAAUAUUGUGAGGCUCACAGACCGGAAAUACAUGCUCAAAUUAAUGUCGAAAAUUCAACAGGAUCAUGAAACGAAACAGCAAAUUAGAAUAGAAGAAAGAAUGAAAGAAGAACUGUCACGAACAAAAAUGAUGAUUUUAAAAAGAUUGAUGCCAAUUCAAGAAGCCCCAGAAGAUAUUAGACAACAUUCAUUGUUUCAGCUUUAUGUACAGUGUGACUCGAUAAUUCAACAAACAUGUAAAAAGGAGACAAGAAAAUUGACUCGCUUAAGGAAAUCUUUAUAUCGAAUGCUUUAUCCAAACGCAACAACCUUGGAAAAAGAUGAACUUGAAGAGGAGGAGAAUGUUUACUUUAAGAAAAUAACAACAAAUGAAAUAGAAACUGAAUUGGUACCAUUAACAGAUAAGGAGAUUUUUGCAUAUUUAAGAGAACAAGAGGAGAAAAAAGAUAUGGAACGUGGUUAUAUUUUGAGCCAGGAAGAUUUCGACCGACUUCACUAUGAAACGGAAGCUGUCAAAAGCCUUCGGGACGCCAAGAUGAAAUCAUUCGUUUGCUGCCUUUGCCUUGUGGCUUCACUUCAAAUAAAAAAAUCAUUGAGUUUAUCCAAUAAAGAAGAAUUUGAUAAUAAUAAUAAUAAUUGGGAAGAUAUUACAAAUGAAAAUUACGCCGAUAAUUCACAAAUUGAUUAUUUUGCUAAUGAUUACACAAAAUCUUCCACGCAACCGAGCAAAGCAGAUCUCUUAGAAUUGUCAAAAAUUUUAGAAAAAUUACUUGAACAAAAGGGGCCAUGGAAAGCACCUCUUGUUGUAUUUCAAGUACCAUCACAACAAAUUGACAAUAAUUUAGAUUUCACUUUCAAAGAUAAUGAACAUAAUCUUAAAAAAAGAUCUAGAUAUUAUCGUCGAUAUCCGUGGAAGAGGCGGAAUUCUAGCGAUUACGAUUACAGAGAAGAGCAAUAUUUAUGUAUGCCAUCAAGAAGAGAAGUUUUCAAAUUAUUGGUCGCACUUCAUGGUGCACGUGGACAUGAAAAAUUUUUAAGACCGGAUGACGUUGAUUUUUGCAAACGUCACAAACCCGGAGGUUCAGUUUUUACUAAUAUUCGAUUUUUGGGCCGCCGAAAAUAAAUCGCUAUAUAUACGUUUAUACGAUGAUUGGCAUAAUAUUAAAAAAUUUUCAAUUGUCAAUUAUAAAUUGUAUUUUUUCAAUUAAUAUUUCAAUAUAAUUUUUAAUAAUUCCAAUAAAAAUAAUAAUUAUUAUAAUAAAAAAAAAAUUAAUAAUAAUUAUUAUUGUUUUAUGAAUUACAAGUGUAUUAGUACAAUAAAAAAAUAUAAUUAAUUAAUUCAGAUUACAACUGUAUAUAAAUUAAUUAAUUAAUUGUA